AUGGGUAAUAACCAAAGUGUUUUGGAAAAUCCUGAACAAUCUAUACUUCUUACAGACAAUCAACUAAACCAAAUACUUGACACCCUUAAACGACCUACAGUAAAUUCAUUAUUAGCAUUACUAAAAUCUCCUCAACUAUCAUUAUUUCAAAGAAUAGAUCAACAACAACGAGAUACAUUAGAAAUUACAGUAAAUACUUCCUUAGAUCUUUUUGCAUCAAGAAGAACAUUUAAAGAAAUUAAUUUUGAAUUAUUUAAUAUACUUGUGGUUGCUGUAGCUUUUGUUAAAGGGUUAACAGUUUGUCAAAUGAUUGAAACGUACUAUAAUAUAUUAUUUAAUGCAGAAUGUCAAAAACAACGUUAUGAAAAAGGAGAAGAGGCUAUUGAGAAAAUCGUUCAAUUAUUUAUUUCUUUAAAGAGCAUAAUUCAAAGUAAUAUCAUUAUAACUUUAGAGGAAUCAUUUAAAACAAUAAUAAAGCCAUCAUUACCACAACAACCUCUUAUUGUAUCAACAAAAUGUUUAAGUAGUAUUACUGAUGAUUUUAUUAAAAAUAUUAAUGAUAUUUUAAAAGAAUCGCUUAAAUUAUCAUUAACUGAUAAAUGGAAUAUUAAUUCUGUAGUUAAAGCAAUUCAUUCAUUAAGCGAAUUUGAGAAUUCAGAACAUUUUGAAAUAGUUAAAACAUCACAAUUAUUUAAAGAAUACGGAGAUACAAAAUCAAAAUUAAUUUCAAAAUAUAUGAAAGUUGAAGAAGAACACCUUGAGUUUAUUAUUACAUCGAUAUCACAACAUUUAAGUGAACUUAAUUAUCUUCAACAAAUAGAUGAAUUUUUCUUCUCUGUUUCAAGUAUUUUAAAUAAUGGACUUCUUUCAAACAAUUCAAUGAUUAUCCAAACUUUUAUUCAUAGUUGUGAAAUUUAUAUAUCUUCAUUUUAUAUUGUUUGUUAUUUUGUUAAUUCUUUAUUACCAUUUUUAUAUUCAUUUCUUUUUAGACUCUCAAAAAAAUUAAUUUAG